UUCUAUGAGAAAAGGCCAAGUGACGGGAAGUAGGAGAGAGAGAGAGAGAGAGAUCACAAAAAGUAAAAGAGAAUAUCGAAUAAGAUACAAUCGGAGAUAGGACGAGUGUUGAAUAACGAAGAGCCACCCUGAGCCGCCCUGUGCUUCAGAGACGUAGAGCGAGCCUGUAAUUUGAAUUUAAAGCCAUUAUUUGUCAGUCUCUUGGUGAAAAGUGGAAAAAAUGCGGACCAUACGUUGUGACCGAUUGCUACACCUCAAGUCCCUGCUGAUUAUUGGAGUCUUCUCCCUACUGCUCACAUUCCUUAUUUUGACAUACAGCAGUUCGGACAUGCAUCAUUCAAAUGAAGAUGCCUUUUCACAUGGAGAGCCAGGCGUCUUCAGAAUGUCUCAGAAAAAGGUCAUAAAGGAGAAGGUCAAGGGAAAAAAGUCCAAGGUUGUGGAUGAGGAGGAAACUCCAGUCUUUCACAAGGAUACCCGCCCUCCUUUGAUGGUCAAACGAAUGUCAGAGUACUGCAACCUGCCACAUGAUAUGAGCGUUGCACAACAAGGUCUGGCGCCAAAGGAUUACCAACUCCUCAACGUGCACACCGUGAUCCGCCAUGGUGACCGAUCACCCAUCUUUCGCCUGCCGGGGCUAGACAGGUCUGAUCUGAGCUGUCUGCUGGACGCUGAUCAGUACUUGCACCUGCCCAAGGUCGCCAGUUUCGCUCACGUCCUGGCAGCCUCCAGUGACCAGCUGCCUCGGGACAGCACUUUUAACAGAUGGGCGCUGUACCCGUCGCACAAGAUCUGCGGAGAGGGUCAGCUGACUGGUCAGGGGGCAGUGCAGCACAUCAUGAACGGGAUGUUGUACAGUGAGCGCUACAUGCAUCAGCACCGCCUCUUUGACGAGAGCAAUUGGGAGCAGCGCUACUUGGUACACACCACAGAGGUCUCCCGCACCUUUCAGAGCGCCAUCGCAUUCUCCUACGGGCUCCUUCCGCAGUUUGACUUGAAACGCCUCAAUCUGUUCCGCUCAGGCAGCCUGGAGUUCUGCGAGGACCGCGUGUUCCAUGGAGCGUGUCGCUGCCCGGGGUUGGAAAUGUUUCGCUCUCAGGCGGAGCGGGAGUGCAAGAUGUCGGCGGCCGACACGAAACUUUACACCGCGCUUAAGAAACACGUUGAUGAGGUACUGCAUUUACGAGGGCAGAACAUUCCUGGCCCUUCUUCCCUUAUGGACGGUCUCAGCCACCUGGCGUGCCAUUCGAUUCCUCUGCCGUGUAACAGCAAUGGCACAUGCAUCACAGCUAAAGCGUACGAGACCGUGUGGAGACUCAUCGACGCGAAGACCAAGUGCCUGGGACAGAACCUCAAGUACAAGAAGUUUGCCAAGGCUCUCAUGCACGGGUUGUUGUUUCGCAUCUCAAGAGAAUUCUCCAUUGCCAUCCAAAAUGGCUCUAACCCGACAUUCCACUUGUACUCGGGCCACGAUACAACGGUGACCCCACUCAUCACAGCUCUGGAGCUCUCCAAUAACGUGUGGCCGCGUUUUGCCACCACGAUUACCUUUGAGCUUUUCAAGAAGCAAAGCAAGGGAGACCAUUAUAUCCGGAUACUGAAGAACGGACAACUCGUAACUUCUGAAGCCAUAUUUUGCCGGGGGCGAACAGAUGAAAACGGAAUGUGUGCAUUUUCUCAUUUCUCUAAUUAUGUGGCAUCACAGAAGCUAAAAGAGUUUUGUGAUUCUUUAAAGCCUGUUAUGAAAAAGUUUUUUUAAUGCCACAGCCAUUACUCGCACUUGCUCGAGAAAGCUUGAAACACUUUCACCACCAAGGCAGCCACAUUGAUCUUUUUUUUUUAAGGGGUGGGGGGGGGGGGGGAGGGUU